AACAGAAGCAAAAUGUGAAACGUGGAAUGUGUCCAAGCAUCGAACUUUUAAACAACAUCUAACAUAGCAAUGGAUUACUCCAAGUUUAUGGAUGACAACUUUGAUGCAAAAGAAUGGGUGAAUUCUGCAUUUCAGUCACAACCAGACCCUAACAUUCCAAAAGAUCAAUAUGCGACUACACUGGUGAUGAAACUUCAGAUGUUCAUACAAGAAGUGAACAACGUUCUGGAGGAGGCGGGCCAGCAGGCUCUACAGAAUCUACCCCGUGUCGUGCGGGAGGUGGAGGCCGUGCGGCAGGAAGGCGCUCUCUUACAGGAUCAGAUGAGAACCGUGAAACAGGACAUACAGAACGUGGAACAGAACACGGCUCAGUCUAUGCAGGUGUUGCUGAAGUUAGAUGGGAUCAAAUCGCGAAUGAAAACAACAGCUGAUGCACUGACAGAAGCGGACAACUGGACGACGUUGAGUGCUGAUAUGGAGGAAGUGUUCCAGUCUCAGGACGUACAUGCCAUCACCGACAAGUUGAGUAGAAUGCAGCAAAGUCUGCAAAUGUUGGUGGACACCCCGGACUAUGGCGAGAAGUGUCAGCACCUGGAGAAGCUGAAGAACCGACUGGAAGCCUUGCUCAGUCCACAGCUCGUGAAGGCCUUCAACAGCCAGUCACUAGAGUCGGCACAAAUGUACAUGCGGAUCUUUGAGACGAUUGAUCGACUGCCGCAGCUUUACAAGUACUAUCACAAGUGUCACAAGGGCCAGCUGCUGCAGGCAUGGAGGGACAUUCUAGAGAUGAAACAAGACAACAAUCCGGUGGAAUGCAUCGUUGACUUCUACGAUCACCUGUCCAGUACCUGGCACACUCAAAUCAAGUGGUGUAUGCACGUGUUUGAUGACUCAGUGCCGAUUGUCUGUGAUCUUCUAUCGGAGUCACUUACCUCCCUUGAUCCAUCCUUCUCAUCUUGCUUCACCCGUCUGCUUCAACAAAGGGAGAGCACUCUGGACGCUCUAAUAGAACUAAAGCAGAUUUCAGAACGGUUUGCUCGAAGUAUGGAAAAUGCUGUAGAGUUGCAAAUGGAAGACAACCUAAAGCAUGAACAGUGCUUGGAGAAACUUCUCCGGAUGAUCCUGGCUCCAUACCGACCAUAUCUACAGAAGUACCAGACCUUUGAAGAAGUGGCCCUGGACAGAGAUCUCAACAACAUUCCACUGGAUCACAUGGAGGUGAUGGAUACCGUACAACUGCUGGGAGAAUCCGUGAAUAAACUAUUCAAUGCUGCCAAUCAGGCAAAUGAAAGAUGUCAAAAGUUAACAAAUGGAUUCUGCUAUGAGGGGCUUUUGGCAGCAAUCAAGACGUAUUUUACCAACUACUGCCAUGAGUUCCAUCGCGUCCUUGGCAACAUCCGUGAGAAGUGUCGCACGAGCCAUGUCACCGACUCUGAAGACUGGUCCAACUUCCAGCAUUCUCUUCGAAUAAUCCAGACGUGUGGUGACUUGAUCACACACACUGAACAGCUGGACGAACUCCUCAUCAGCAGUAUACUCCACAGUGUCGGAAAAUACCUUGGCUCCUCGUCUCCAACCAAAGACACCGUCAAAAAGUGCAGUUUGCGGAGAUCCACGCUCCAGUUCCAGGCAUCUUUGUUUCUUGAUGACGAAUCGGCUAUAGCAGCUCUGGAAACCAUGGUUACAAGUCUGGAGGAAGGUGACACGCCAUCCGUGUUGACAGAUGUCAAGGCCCAGAUGAGUCGACUGAGUGAAGAAGUGCACAAGUUUGGCUUUGACAUUGUCUUCGCUCAGCUGCAGAAAUACCUCAGUAACCUCUCUAACAUGGAGAUAUGGACAUCUCACAGUGCCGGUGGAGCCAUGACCUCUGACCUCCCAACCUUCAGUAUCUCACCACAGGAGUAUAUAACAAAGAUAGGUCAAUACCUGAUGACACUGCCUCAGCAUCUUGACCCAUUCACUCUGCAGGACAGUUCGUCUCUCACUGUUGCACUGAAACAUGGAAAACUGCUGUAUACAGAUGAACAAGAAAUGUCUGAGCAUUUGGCUGAUCUAUGGCUCGAAUCGGUUGCCAAGGGAACGAUGCACAUGUUUUCUGAAGAAAUCAUCAAAAUUCAUCAGCUGACCCCUCACGCCACCAAACAGCUCAUCACUGAUAUCGACUAUCUCAACAAUGUGUUAGAUGACUUAGGAAUUCAGAUCUCCGAUACACUGCGCAAUAUUGACACUCUGCUGCAAGCGAAACCCGAGGAAUUCACCGACAUUGCAGAAUCAGCGCCGCAAAGAAUUGCUCAUGCAAUUGCAGCAAUGAGAGAGAUAGAAUUGUAACUGUUUCUCUGUGUAGGACCCGAGUGGGUGGGUGGUGGUGGGUGGUGGUGGUGGG